AUGAAAAGUUCUGCUGCUGCUGCACGGAUCGGUGAUGUUGCUGCCGCUGCACUGAUCGGUGCUGCUGAUGCCGCACUGAUCUGCUGCCUACAUGCGCGAUCUGCUGCUGCUGCACUAGUGCUGAUCUGCUACACUAUGAAUUUAAAUGGAUGGGAAGGCAUGCUAUUCAUAGGAAUCAAUGCUGCUAUAGGAGUUCGAGUAUCCAACGAGCUUGGAUCAGGAAAUGCAAGAGCGGCCAAGUAUUCCGUGAUAGUCAUUGUUUCUCAGUCCCUCUACAUAGAAAGUAAAGAUAUGCAAAACGUUGUUGCUCAUUUAGCCUAUCUUCUGGGCAUUACCAUGGUGCUUAACAGUGUCCAGCCAGUCAUAUCAGGUUCAAGUAUAAUUUUGUUGAUUAUAGGUGUCGCGGUUGGAGGAGGGUGGCAGGCCUUAGUUGCUUACGUAAACCUGUUUUCCUACUAUGUUAUUGGACUUCCUCUGGGAUAUUUCCUCGGCUAUAAGACUCCCUUAGGUGUGGAGGGUGUUGUGCUGCAAUAUGCAUGGUAUUUGGAUAGGAAUGAUAAUCGGAACUAG